AGUGCUGUACUUUGCAAGUUGAAAGGUCACGGGGCGGCGUUUCAUGUUGUACUAGCUACGUGUGCUUCUGACGGGCUAGCCAGCAAGCUGAAUAAUUGCAGUGAACAUCAUGGUACUACUUGAAAACGACUCGUUUUUGACGGAGCUGACACGGCUGUUCCAGAAAUGCAGGACAUCAGGCAGUGUUGCCAUCACGUUAAAGAAAUAUGAUGGAAGAACCAAACCAGUCCCCAGGAAAGGUCACCCAGUGAAUUAUGAACCAGCAGACAACAAGUGUCUACUCAGAGCGUCAGAUGGCAAGAAGAAAAUCAGCACAGUGGUUAGUAGCAAAGAAGUAAUCAAGUUCCAGAUGGCAUACUCUAACCUCCUGAGAGCUCACAUGGAUGGGCUCAAGAAGAAAGACAAGAAAAGCAAAAGCAAGAAAACCAAAGCCACCCAAUGAGCAACAGACUCUUUCAUAGCGUACUGGGGGAAUCCACACUGGCCUGUACCACCUCCAAGGUGCUCCAACUAUCAUCUCUACCUCCAUCCUACCUUCUCCGAUAUGUUCCCUGAGGCCCACCAUCCUCCACUUGGGGACAGCAUUGACAUCAUGCCAUUGUUGUCACAGCAAUGUCUCAUCCCUGGCCAGUGAAUGGCAUCGGUCUAUAUAGGGAGGAAGGGAGAGCUGAGGAUGUUUAACACUCAGAGGAAACUACAAGUGGGCUGCCUUUUGAUUGCCCCCCCCCCAUCUGGUGUGGAUCAAAGUUACACGGAGCUGCAUUCAUUUAUGGAGUCACUGAAAGGAUGGAGCACGUGAUGAAUUGCCUUUCAAAUCGUUUUAAUUUGAACUACUAGGCCCUGUCUAUUUAUGUUUGAAUUAUCCAUCAGUUUGGUUUGCUUGUCAAUUUGAUUACAUUCACUAAAGUUCUGAUUUACUUUCCAAUUGGACCUUGUCUUAACCAUUUGUGGAUAGAUUAUUACUGUGCACUAUGAGUGAAGACGCCAUAUACAAUUGUUAUGGUUGGGGCCGAAUGCUUUUUCUUGCUAUUCAAAUUAAUAUUAUUUUAAUGAUGGAAAGUGAGAUCCUGAGUUUGUUUUUUGUUGGUAUUUCUUAAGACAAAAUAAUUAAGUGGUUGAGUUCCUUAUUGGUCCAAUUAAUUUUUUCAACAGUCAUGUAUCUGUCCAGUAAAUUAAUUUGUAAGGCAAGCUGUAGAGGAAGGGUCCCAAAGUUAGCUGACACGAGGCCGCUUUGGUACUUAGAAAUGUGCUGUUUCCUGUGUUUAAUCAUCUAAUUUGUGGGAUGGAUGUGUCAUGAUGUAAUAUUGAUUAAGGGGAAAGUAUUUUGAAACUUAAUGAUUUAGUAUAUUUACUGGCAGCUGAAAGGCAUAUUUGAUUUAUGGAUACAGAGAGAAACUUGUUUUUAACCACAUCAAAAACUAACCAUGGAAAUGCUCUGUAAGGAUUAUAAUUACUUUCCAGUGAAUGUGACAGACAAACGCAGAGCUGCCGCUUUUGACAUUCAUCUGCCAUUUAUGUUACUGUAUCAGAAUGUCAUUGAUGAGGAAUACAGCUGAUGUUACUGUAAAUUGAUCUGUUUUUUUUCUUCUUCAAAAUAAAUGACAAUAUGGCAGUGGUUUGUUUGAUCUAAAGACUGAAAUAGAUUUGAAAUAAAGUAAGGAAUGGACAGUU